UUAGUAGAUGGAAGGUGGCAAAAUAGUGGGGGCAUCCCAUUAAGGAGAAGUCGGGUGGCAGGUAGCCCUGCCCCUCUCCACCACGCACUUCCAUAAAUAUAUAAAACCAUUUUCUUCUCUUCUGAAAUCUUAAUACCCAGACUUGAUUAUUUAUUAUCUUGGCAGCCUUUUUUUUUUUUUUUGCUUUUUACGAUUAAAGUUUGUAAUUAAAUCCUUGGCAAGUAAAGAAGCUUCACGCUUUGCUGUUGUUGAAUCUCGAAACCGCUUUGUGUGCAUCGGUUCAACAUCCUUUGGCGUAACCACCCCAACCCACUCUUCCUUACCAUAAAUCUAUCUGCCUUCUUUGAAACCGUCUAUCAGUUACUCCUCUGAUUUUUGCAUAUAAGCAUUUCUGGAUCAAUCCCAGAUCUCUUCAUUUCAAAGGGGGAAACAUUUGCAGGGCAGAUAAGGAACCGCUUCCUUGAAUUGGGCAGAUUUCUCUUUUCGUUGAGUUUCUGUCUUGUUGUGUGCUUAAAUACUCACUAUUUCAACAAUGCUGGGAGAAAGCAACAACAACAACAAUGUUCUUCCCGUUUUCCUGGACCAGACUGGUUUCAAGUACCCUACUAAUGCAUCCAAUCAGCUCCAGUUGUUUGAUGCAGCACCAGUUGGUUUCAACAUCAGCCCCACAAAUUUCUUUGGUAGCGAACAUAACACCCCUCUGGCCAGGCCAAACAAACGGGGCAGAGAUGGGGAGAACAUUCCUAUGCAGCAGAUUCUUCCAAUAUCCAUGAAUAAUAAGAGUAAUAAUAAUUUUGGUCUUGAUGAAGCCGAUCAACUGGUGAGGAUGUCCACACACAACCAAGUCUCAACAGGUUUAAGGCUAUCAUAUGAUGAUGAUGAACACAACUCUUCUGUCACAUCAAAUGGAAGUUUGAAUGCUCCAUCAUCAGUUAUGUUGGCUUUAACAGAAGGCCUUAAAACGGAACUUGACCACCAAAAGAGAGAGUUUGAUCAGUACCUUAAGACUCAGGAAGACACUUUGAAGAAAGGGCUUCAAGAGAUAAAGCAAAGACACAUGGCUUCUUUUCUCGGUGCCAUACAGAAAGGCAUCAGCACAAAGCUACGAGAGAAGGACCUCGAGCUAGAAAACAUCAACAGAAAAAACAAAGAACUCGUCGAAAGGAUGAAGCAAGUGGCUUCUGAAGCCCAGAAUUGGUGUUACAGGGCCAAGUACAAUGAAAGUGUGGUUCAUAUGCUGAAAACCAACCUUCAACAGGCGUUGCAUAAUGCAGCCGAUCAAGAAGCCAAAGAAGGGUUUGGUGACAGCGAGAUGGACGACGUUAACUCCGGGAUUUACCCGAAUUUUGGCCUUAGCAUGGCCGCUGCGGGCCCUCCUGUGGCGAAUGGGUUUACUAUCGCUUGCAGAUUGUGUAAAGCUAAAGAGGUCUCAGUGUUAUUGAUGCCAUGUAGGCAUCUGUGUGUGUGUAAAGAAUGUGAUGGGUCGGUGGGGGAGUGUCCUGUGUGCGCGACGGUUAUAACCACUAGUGUCCAGGUGUAUCUGUCAUGACGAUGAAAUUCCGACCUACCUACCGUAUAUGGCACAGUUGAAUGAGUAUAUUAUUAAUAUUAUCAUCACAUAAUAUUUAACUUAAAACCAUCUUAAGUUUUUGUUUUUAUCUAUUUUUAAUAUGAAAUGUAACUGAAAAUCUGAGAUGAAUACAUAUAUGUAGCCUGUACAAUCUUCCCAAGCUGCAUUUAAAUGCUACAAACCCUAAGAGCCU